GGCGUCGGGCGGAGCGCGCCUGCGUGCUGCUUCCCGCGGCGGUGGCGGGAAGUGUGUCUGAGGUGGCUGUGGAGAGAAAACCAUGGUGGUUAUUUUCCGAAACCAUAAUUAGAGUGUGGCUCAUCAUGCAACACUUGAAGUAAUUCUGCCAGGCUUCAACCACAAACCCUUUCAGAGAGAAGGGAGACACUUCCCCAGAGGGAAAUAUCAAUUAAAUUCUGUUCUUCAGGGGCAAGAGUAGAUCCAAACCACUCCAACUCCAUUUCUUUCUUGUAAAUGCAGGAGAGUAGUUUUUACAGGAAUCUGAAGGUCAGAGGAUGCUCAGGGGGAAAAUAUUGUAACCUCCAGAUGUUCCUGACAGAAGAAAGAAAACUCUAACCAUUCACAAACACUUCUUGUCAGAAUGCAAUUCCUACAGAUACUGUCCAGGAAACCAGGGAAACUGGAAAUGCUUUUUCAAAUACCAUUUUGUCAAAAGCAAUUCCCAUAUUCAUGUCUGGCUACUUCUGCAUGUAUUUGUAGUAAAAAGAAAAAAGCAAACAGUUAUGAACAAGUUGACCAAGAAAAGUACAAAAACUUGGUCUACUCUGUUACAUCUUACAAAACCAGCGCCCAAACACCAGAGACAAUAUUUGAAGAAGACAAUUUGUUAUAUGGGCCACCGGAUAAACACAGACCUCCAGCUAAAGCUGGAACAAAGACUCCCAAGAACUGGGUUCCUUUAAUAAACACCGACAAGAGAAUUUCCCCUCUCAACAGUGAUUCAAACCUGCCCAGGAAAAUCAUGUUACAAAAAAUGAAAAUGCCCAGUGUUACCCAUAUUCUUCAACAAACUCUCUCUCCACAGCAAGUCUUUUAUCUAGAAAGAUGGAAGCAGAAAAUGAUAGUGGAACUUGGAAAAGAUGGUUUUGAAAAGUAUACCAAAAAUCUUUUCCUCCAAGGAGAACUCUUUCAUUCAGCUUUGGAAUCUAUAUUCCUGUCUGAAGAGAUGGCAGUUAAGGAGAAGAGCGAAGAUGGUGUUAUUUCUGGUUACUUAUCAAGUGUGGAACAUGUCUUAGAAGAUAUCAGCGAAGUGAAAGCUCUGGAAAGUGGAGUUCAUCACGGGACCCUUCAGUAUCUGGGCCUGGUAGACUGCGUGGCGAAGUAUCGAGGCCAAUUGUGUGUGAUUGACUGGAAAACUUCAGAGAAACCAAAGCCGUUUCUGAAGAAUACUUAUGACAACCCAUUACAGGUUGCAGCAUAUAUUGGAGCCAUAAAUCAUGAUGCCAACUAUGACUUCCAGGUUCGCUGUGGACUCAUCGUGGUUGCCUAUAAGAAUGGCUCCCCUGCGCAUCCACACUUCAUGGAUCCUGAUCUGUGCUCACAGUACUGGAAUAAGUGGCUUUUGCGCCUUGAAGAGUACAUGGACAGAAACUGAGAAGAAACGAAGAAGCAGCAAGUGGUCUGAGCACAGAGACAAAACAAGACUUUUGUUUAUGUAUACCACUUUUAUUCUUUUUUUAAUAACUUUGGCUAAUUUCUUACCAUCAGGGGUAAGAAAUUUUUCCACCAUAAAGAAAACCAAAAACCAAAAAAAAUCCAUGUGUGAAUUUCGAAUGGAGAAUAUGUAUUUGCUUAUGUUGUAGGUGACUUCAAUGGUCCGUGCAGGACAAAGUCAACUUACUUAGCCUGUGUUUUCCCCCCCCCACAGUUUAUACAAUCUAAGGUUUAUAGAAAAGUUUUUAUUAUCAAGUAAAACUGUUCAAUGAAGUCAUCCUUCUUUGGUAAUUUUUGAGAAAAAAAUUGUUGCAGAACUAAAACUUUGGAAAGUGUUGGUGAACUAAAGCAAAAGGACAUCUGCAUUGUCUGAGCUGAGGGAAAUGCAAAUGAUAAAGAAUUGAUAUAGUAGACUGGAUUUCAGUCAGUUUAGUUCUUGCUCAUGUCAAAGGUCUCUAUUAACAGGCUUGUUACUAUUUGUGGAUUUUCUUACAACCACAACUGGAAGACCUGUGCUAAGAAUUAUAAUGAAAGUUCUCAUUAAGUCUUGUUUAAUAUACUACAGCAAAAUGAUAAUUUAACAGAAGUGGCUCAGUAAGAGAGGAGCAGAAUUGUAAACAAUACUCUUAGAAAUUUCCAGCAAGUUUUCUGAAAGGUGGGGAGUUUGGCUAUUCGUAGUGGCUCCUCCUACAGGUUUCUUAACGUACAGCCUGUGCAGCCCACAGAAGAAAUGGGCUCUGUACUUAGGCUUGUGAGCUCUGUGCAGGCCGAGGCUGCAACUGCCUUGAGCUCUCCUGACUUUGUGUGGGUCUGAGCCGACAAUGAGCCCACCCAGGUGGAAGGAUCUCCAGUGUCAAGUGAGUGUGUACGCCAGUGCACAUGGGUUUUUGUAUAAAAGCAGGCUUGUGGCUGUGAAGCCAGGCAUUCUGAGGGAUGAAGAGCUGCUGGUUGGUUUUUGGAGGGUGGUUUUUUUGUGGGUUUGUGUUUGUUGUUUUGUUUUUUUUUUCAGAUAAGUUUCUGAAUAAAUAUUUUGAAACAGAAGUUAAUUUUUAAGCUUAUAAAAUCAAGUCUGUAAGACAUAGAAUAAGCCUUGAUGAUGUCAGGCAGUAUUGCUUUGUGUGUUAUACACCUGGAAAGCUUUUUCCCUCAUUCUCAUUGUUUUAUCCAAAUUGUAUGUAUGAGUUUUCACAAUACCACUGCAGAUUACAAAUAAAAAUAUGACCAACCCAUAAGCUUC